CCGCCGAUUGCAUAAUGCAAAACCAAAAUUAAUCCGAGGCUCGCGAUUAAUCUCGGGGUGAAACAUCAAGAAAUAUAGCCGCGAAAUAGAGAACGAGCGAGAAAGAGAGAGAGAGAGAGAGAGAGAGAGAGAGAGGCAACCGAGGCGUGGAUGAGCAGCAGACGAAGGAGGAGUAGGGGAGCACGAGAGCGCGAAUCAGUAUUUCUGUCACUGUCACGACGGAGAACCACGAGACUGCUACACGCUACUCCAUCCCCACCACUCGACAGCCGCCGCUGGUGGUACAGAGAGUAGCUUCUCGCUCUCUGCUCCGAAAAAAAGGAGACGACGACGACACCGAAAAAAGGAAAUAACCUCGGGAGAGAGAGAGGCACGCACGCACGAGAGACCGAGACGUGUCCUCACUCGGCACUCUGACCUCCGACACGGAGCUCGUACGGUUUGCGGUUUGCUGUGAUCGGUAGUGAUAGACCAGUGCCUUCUAGUGAAUCCAGUGAAUUUUUCAUUUUUUGUUUUUUAAUCACCAGUGCCUUUUACACCGAGCGAGUGUGUUGCGAACGAAAUCGGUGUGGAGAUCGGUAUAGAGCCGCGAGUUCCGCGUCAAGGCGGAAAUGAUGACUCUGAUGUCGGAGGUUGGUAGCUACCUGCAGUACGAGUCUUUGGCUCGUUCUGCCUAUCCGACGAACCACCACCAUCACUUCCAGCAUCAGCAGCAGCAGCACCAUCAGGAAGCUGUGCAUCAGCAGGACGAUCAGAGGCGGGCCUCGAGGUUCAGGCAUCAUCAGCAUCAGCACGCGCGAAUGCGUCAACGUCGCUAUCACAGCCAAGAGCAUCAGCAGCAGCAGGACGUCAUCCCGAGCAACGUCGAAAUGAUGGAGACCGAGUACCUAGCCAGACUGUCAGAGUCGCCUAGCAAAGUCACCUCCUCGUGCAGCGAAGAGUCCGCCGGACUGGCUAUGGCCUCCGGCAGGAGCAGCGUCGAGUCGGCAGCGCAUUAUCGGGCCGAUCAGCUCGGAUCGCAGUCGCGUUAUCUGACCGACUCGGAUCAGGAGGACGAUGACGACGACGAAGACGACGAGUCGUCCAUCCUCUCGGCUGACGCUUCAGCCACGAGCAGCGGUCUCGAGUCGCCCUGCGCCAGUAGCCUCGUCGGCAGCCACAUCCCUCCCUCGGCCAAGCACGGAGACGAGCACCACGUGCCCCACCCGCAGCACUCGGGAACGGCCGUCCAGGGACACCACGGCCAGAGGACCUGUCUUCUCUGGGCCUGCAAAGCUUGCAAGAAAAAGACCGUCACCGUCGACAGGAGGAAGGCCGCGACUCUGAGGGAGAGACGGAGAUUACGAAAGGUGAACGAGGCGUUCGAGAUACUGAAGAGGCGGACGAGCGAUAACCCGAACCAGCGUCUGCCGAAAGUCGAGAUCCUGCGCAACGCGAUCGACUACAUCGAGAGCCUCGAGGCGCUGCUACAGGGCAACCGAGUCAACGGCUCGCAGAAACGCACAUCCGUCGAGAGCAUGAACACCGACUCGCCGCAGUACGUGACGGACAGGCUCCGGCAAUUCUCCGACCCUUUGGCCAGGUUUCAACCUAUCGGCGGCUACGAACACGGCGCGGAACAAGCGAACGAGCAGAACUCGGGCAGUUGUCUGGACCGUCUGAACUUGAUAGUUCAGAGCAUCAGCGGCUCGCCGACAUCAACGUCAGCCUCCAUGACAGCCGCGACAACGUCGACGCUCAAUGGAAGCGGCCACUAUUCCGUCCAACAUUAGAUAACUAUUUUGCUAUUUUUAUACGCCAAAGUUGUGAGCGAUGCCAAAGGAAUUGACAAACAAACGCGUGUGUACCUAUAUACCCACAAGAGUAUGGAAUAAAGUUAUAUUUAUACGAUUAUUAUUGAUCGCACGUCGUCGGAUCGGAGAAUCUCUGCCUUCUUGGUUCGAUCCGUGCGACGAUUGUCGGUAUUUUAUCGAGUCUAGUUUAAUUGCAUUGUUUGUAUGGCAGGAGUGAAGUCUGCGAUUUUUCCAAAGAUUUUAUUUAUAUCGUGCAUCAAACUUAGAAUGUGUUCAUUCGAUAGAGAGGUAAACUUAGAUAGACUUUCUGUAACGAUUUUUCGACUUUUUAACGAAACUAUCAUGGAAAUAAAACAUUGAAUCGAA